AUGAGGCUGGUAGGGGCUGCGGGUGAACCGGUCAAUAGCCGCCAGCCUAUCAUCAUCGACACGGAUCUAUUCAGCGACGUUGACGAUGUCGGGGCAUUAGCAGUCGCCAAUGUCUUGCAUAGUUGCGGUCUGGCAGAUCUCAAAGGCGUCGUGCUGAACACACCGUCUAAUUAUGGACCUUUGGCAGCCAGCGCGGUCUGCACUUAUUAUGGAAAUGACGUCCCGAUUGCAGCCUUUCGACCAAUCACCAAUGACACCUUCUUUGACAGCUUCGACUAUCUAUACAGCGAGUAUGCUAGCAAGUUGGCACAUCACUGGCCUCGAACGCUCAAGUCUGCGUCCUCAACUCGAACUCCCACAGAGCUCUAUCGCACCAUCUUGAGCUCUGCCGAUGACAAAAGCAUUCACAUCAUUUCCAUUGGGUUUCUCACCAACCUUGCCAAUCUUCUCAAAUCCGAGGCAGAUCACAUCAGCCACCUGUCCGGCUUGGAGCUUGCCUCGAAAAAAGUGAGCGAACUUAUCAUCAUGGGUGGUGAAUAUCCCUCGGGCUGGGAGUUUAAUUUUGGCGGCGUCGAUCCUGAAAGCACGGCGUACGUUGUUCAGCACUGGCCGAGGAGUGUCAACAUCACGUACUCGGGCGCAGAGCUCGGCGGAAACAUCUCGUCCGGGCAAAACCUCGUGCAGCGGUGUCCUCCUAAUUCACCGGUCUUGAGCGCGUAUCAGUGGUAUGUAGGCCGGGGUUCUACUACUCGCCUCUCAUGGGAUCCUAUCACAACGCUGUAUGGGGUUUUGGGCCUCGAUUGGGGUUCGAAGCUGGGCAUUCGUCCGCUGCUUGACUAUGGCAACGAGUCUGGUUACAAUAGUAUCGUCGCAGCGAAUGGCUCGAAUGCUUGGGUUCAUGAUACGAGGAUAACGAAUCAGCACUGGCUGCGGCUGGCUGAUGGUGUCUCAAAUCAUAGCAUGGCGGCGUUGCUCGAUGAGUUCUUGACGCAUGAUCCGUCCUUGAGGAGCUGUUUGCCAUAUGGGAUGCUCGCAGAGAACACAAAGGACAUACCCAUCUUUGCAGAGAUCUAG